CUCUACAGCUCCCGAAUCAAGGCUGCCUCAGGUGGAGAAGCCACCCCUAGGUCACAGAGAUGGGGGAAAUGGAACAGAUGAAGCAGGAGGCUGAGCAGCUGAAGAAGCAGAUUGCGGAUGCCCGGAAAGCCUGUGCAGACACAACACUUGCUCAGAUUGUGUCUGGAGUGGAGGUCGUUGGCCGCAUCCAGAUGCGGACCCGAAGGACCCUGCGUGGGCACCUGGCCAAGAUCUAUGCCAUGCACUGGUCCACAGACUCCAAACUUCUGGUGAGUGCCUCACAAGAUGGGAAGCUGAUAGUGUGGGACACGUACACAACCAACAAGGUUCAUGCCAUCCCUUUGCGUUCUUCCUGGGUCAUGACCUGUGCCUAUGCCCCCUCAGGCAAUUUUGUGGCCUGUGGGGGCCUCGACAACAUGUGCUCCAUCUACAACCUCAAGACUCGUGAAGGCAACGUCAAAGUGAGCAGGGAGCUCUCAGCCCAUACAGGUUACCUGUCCUGCUGCCGAUUUCUUGAUGACAACAAUAUCGUGACUAGCUCUGGGGACACCACGUGUGCACUCUGGGACAUCGAGACAGGGCAGCAGAAGACUGUGUUCAUAGGCCACACUGGAGACUGUAUGAGCUUGGCUGUCUCUCCAGACUUCAAACUCUUCAUCUCUGGGGCUUGUGAUGCUACUGCCAAACUGUGGGACGUGCGGGAGGGCUCCUGCCGCCAGACCUUCUCAGGGCACGAGUCCGACAUCAAUGCCAUCUGCUUCUUCCCCAACGGCGAGGCCAUCUGCACGGGCUCGGACGACGCCACCUGCCGCCUGUUUGACCUGCGGGCGGACCAGGAGCUGCUGGUCUACUCCCACGAGAGCAUCAUCUGCGGGAUCACCUCCGUCGCCUUCUCCCGCAGCGGCCGCCUCCUGCUCGCCGGCUACGACGACUUCAACUGCAACAUCUGGGACUCUCUGAAAGCAGAGCGUGUGGGAAUCCUUUCGGGCCAUGACAACAGAGUGAGCUGCCUGGGGGUGACAGCAGAUGGUAUGGCCGUUGCCACUGGCUCCUGGGACAGCUUCCUCAAGAUCUGGAAUUGAGGAGAGCAGCAGCGAGGGGAAGCGCAGCAGGAGCACGGCCCGCAGCCUGAGUCCAUGCGAGCAGCAUCGCCAGCCGAGCACAAACGAAACGCCCACCCACCACUCCCACUUGUCUCUAGACACUUGUAGGGGUCUCCCAGAGUGAAAAGGAUAGGUUGGGGAUGGGGAGCAGGGGGAGCAGGAGCUGAGGAGCAGGAGCACACACACUGGCCCUUCUCUCCACCUCUAAACAGGCCCAGCGGUUUCCAGCCUGGUGCAGGCUUGAAGACCUGCACAAUACAGUUCAUUGUCUCAGGACUUUACAGUACACUUCAGACACCCUGCAUCUUCCUUCAAACAUCUCUGCCCACGCUGAAAUCCAUC